GUAGAGUUAAACCACGAUAAGGCCGCAAAUUCUAUGAAAUUAUGACGUACAGGUAAAUAACACUUGCACUGCGUGUGCUAUCAAAAUUUUUGGAGACUUUUCUUGGUCGCUGACUGUACUUUUUUCCACAAGCGGACGGACACGGAACGGACGACGGCCUAACAUCGCCGAGAAAACGAGUGAUAAUAUGUGAAUUUGCUUUAAUUUGCAAGCCGUGCAAUUAUUUUUAUAGUCGAUUAUUGUUUAAUUAGACGGUAUUGUAUGAGAACCAUCAUAAGGUACAAUUUUUAAUUAUUGCCAAUGACUCAAUGAAUAACUACCACAUUUAAAGCACUUUUUGUAGUGAAACGUCGUUCGGUUGAUUCGGCAUUAGGCAUUUAGGCAUCUACUCCAAAAUGCAGUCCAGUGUCACAAAAAACGUAUUUAAACUUGGCUACAUGCGAAAAGUCCGUGCUGUUCUUAACACGAUUGCGCAGUGGCCCAACGCCACGUUCGGCAAGCUCCACCGGCGCGCGCGCAUCCUAGAGGCGUACAAAUACGUCAUUCCCGUGGCGCAGCUCCUCGCUCUUAUACCAGUGCUGCUCUAUUUGAAGAAAUACAUCACAACCAUUAAUUUUAUUGAUAAAGGACAGGUUUAUUGCAACAUAUUCUUGACAGCUUUAUUUCUUCAAAGAGCAUCGCUACCUUUUCAGAAGGGUUAUCAAAACACGGUGAAAAAGUUCUGUUUAGAGUUUCAUUUAAAUCAUUACGAAUAUAAAAGUGAAUUCGCCAAAAAGGAAACUCGCAAGGUCAAUACACUUUGCAAGUACGUCACCGGGAUAAUUCUUUGCCAACUGUACGCUGGGAUACUUUUAUAUAAUUUCGUGCCCCUCACCCUAAAUAUAUAUAUGGGAAUGUUCUCUACACCCGUACCAGAGAAUAAAACAUUCGUUCACUCUGUGGACUACCUAUUACCUUUCGACGCAUACACUGACGCAAGGGGCUACUUAGUAAUAUUCUUUUUUAACUGGUUCCCGUCUUACAAUAUACCAACUGCAAUGUGCAGUUACGAUCUCUUGAUAUUCAUAAUGGUUUUUCAUAUUUCGGGCCAUUUGAAUAUACUCUCGCAUAGUCUAAAAACUUUUCCACAACCGAAAGUCGUCAGUACUGAGCAGACUAGACUUUAUAAUAUACAAGAAGAUAACAAAGAAAUGUUUCGUGCUUUAAAAGGUGCAAUCGAUUACCACAGAGUGAUUAAGAAGUUCAUGACAGAAAUGACUGAAACGUUCGACGUGACAUUAUGUAGCUAUCUUGCUUUCCAUCAAGUGAUGUGCUGCUUGAUGUUGUUGGAGUGUUCUACCAUGGACCCUAAAGCACUUGGAAAAUAUGGAAUACUGGGCGGGGUCAUAUUCCAACAAUUAAUCCAAACCUCUGUGGUAUUUGAAUUAAUUCAUUCAAAGACCGAAACUCUCGGGGAUCAAGUGUACUCGAUAGCUUGGGAAGACAUGGACAUAAAAAAUAAGAAACUAUUUCUAAUGUUUCUGAACCACGUGCAGAAGCCGUUUGGUAUGAAAGCCUGCGGGAUCGUGAAUGUCGGAGUGCUGACGAUGUCUGCGAUUUUAAGGACAUCGUUCUCAUAUUUCAUAAUGUUACGUACUCUAAGCAACCAAGAAAAAUAAAUUAUGUCUUCUUAGACUAUCCAAGUGCUGCGAACCGCCUACUUACCAACAAUUUACUUCGUAUCUAC